ACCAUUAACAUAGGUCACGUGACUAUAGCCAAUAGACCAUUUAAUUGCUGUCCUUCAGAAAAGGCUAGUGGUGAAAGAUAAGGGUGAAAAUGUGUAGCAUUUAUUUGCCUAAAAAAUUAAAUAUAUAAAAUAAUUUUCACAUUUUCUAGUUUAAGCAAUGCCACUGACAGACACUAGAGUUUAGAAUAUAUUUUAGAUGGUUUUAUGAUUUUCAAGAUUUUAAGUUUUUAAAAGAUUAUUUUAAAGAUUAGAAUUACUGUCAAAGUAGGUUGCGCAGUGAUGCAGCUCAGCUCGAGUUCCCGGUUCAAUCUUUAUUCUAGAUUACUGUCAAUGUUGUGCAUAUUCCCUCAUAGUCUAUGUGGAUGUCCUUCCUGUACCGUUUCCGUCAUAGGCUUUGGAUCCACCACAAUCCACAAGAUAACUGUUUGAUUAUCAUCUGGACAAAAUGUUCAUGCCAAUGUUUAAUCAAAUAUAGUAUUCCAGAGUAGGCAGCAAGCUGGCCGAGUGGGUAGCACAGCCGACUCAUAGGUCCAGGGUUCCAGGUUAGAUCCUUAGCCUGUGCCCAUGAGGAAGUCCUCCCGGUGUUUAUUUUCCCCCACCUCCCAAAAACUUUUCAGUAGGUGCAUUGGCUAAGAUAAAGUUCACUUAGAUGUGAAUGUGUGUGCAUGGUGCCCUGCAAUUGUUCAGCAUCCACAUCCUGCGAUAGGCUGUGGAUCCACUGAGGCUCUGAUAUGGGUAAAGUGAUUACUGAGUGAAACUGCUUGUGCUAUAUGUGAUAUAAGUGAUGGAGUAAGUCUACAACAAAUGUAAGCAAAUUUACUCUGUAAAUGAUUUACUCUUUGGUAAUUAUAUAGAAAGUUUUUUUUUUUUCAUGUUAUUAUGUUGUGUGUUAGUGUUUUACAUCCUGUUAAUCUUAUGGGCUAAUAGAAUUUAUUUAUUCAUUUGUUUGUUAAGUAUUACUAUUAAGUACAGGCUGUUGUACUAUUAACUACAAACACAUAACAUAGCUAGUAAAAAAAAAAAAAAAAAAGUUUUUUAUUUUGCAUUUCCAAACAUGUACUCCUCACGUUACUCGACGUAUGUGGGUAUUGAAUACUGCUGUGUUUCUGUGGAUAUGUAAGCAGAUUAAGUCUUAGUUAAUAGGAUUAGAAUGUUCCACACACCGAAGAGUAUCUUUAAAUAGUCAGGACAAAAUGUCAGGACUGCUACUGUGAAAACAUCUAUGUGUGUUUACCCUGAAAUCUUUCCAUUAUAAACUACUGAGAAUGAUUUGGAUGUCUUUUUGGAAAAUUCCAGAUCACAACAGAAGACAUGGCAGAUGUGUUGAAGAGUCUUAACCUCCUGGAGACCCUGAAAGAGUCUAUUGAGAAGAACAACAUUUCAGACAUAAAGGAUGCUGUUGAAGACCUGUUGAUAAGUCGUAUCAAUAUUGCAGUCACUGGGGACAGAGGUCCAGAGAAAACAGCAUUUAUUAACUCUCUCAGGGGGCUUGGUGUUGGUGAUGAAGGGGCAGCUCUCUGCCCAUCCACUGCAGCCCCAGAAGAAUUGGCUGUAUUCCCAAAUCCCAAACAUCCAGAUUUCCGUCUGUGGGAUUUGCCCAUGAUCCCCAAUGAUGACUCUUUUGACCCUGAGAUCUAUAUUGAGCGCAAUAAAAUCCUACGGUAUAACAUUGUGAUCAUGACCUUUACUCAAAAUCCUAGUCCAAGCAUUGUGGCUGUCUGGAGAGAGGCACGUUCGCUGCAGAAAGAAGCCUUGUACUUUGCUUUAUUGGCAUCUGAAAAGGACACUGAGAAAAGCCUGGAGGCCAAAAGACAAGCUAGCCUGGAAGUGCUGAAAGCUGAAGGAGUGGCUUUGCCAAAAGUCUUCCUUGUGCAUCCCUCUGCUUUGGAAAAACUGGACUUCCUAAGGCUCUUAGAGGUAAUGCAGGGUGACCUUCCAGAAGUAAGGGCCUUUGCCCUUCUGCUGGCUUUGCCUACCUUCUCCACUACCAUAGUAUCCCAGAAAAAGGAUGUCUUCAAGGCUCUGGGGUGGGCUGCAGCCUCACUUUCUGGUGGGGUUUCUGCUAUUCCUGUACCCAUGGUGGCAUCUAUGGUGGAUGCAAGUAUUGCUGUACGGAUCUUAACGAAGGCCCAGAUCUCUCUCUGCCUGGACAAUGAGUCUGUGGAGAGGCUUGCACGGCAACGGGGCAUUGACUCUGCCAAGCUCAAGGCAAUACGGACAUGCAACCUGUCAGUGGAGGUCAGCAAGAGCGAAGUUAAGAAGCGGCUUGCAGCAGCUGAGAAGGACACCAUCACAGCCACUAAGAAACUGGUGGAACUGGCCAUGCCACGGCAAGCCAGAGCUGUGAGUCAUUCCUUUACUGUCAUGUUGCAAACCAUCAACUCUGCCAUUGAUGAUAUGAGUGCUGAUGCUGAGAAGAUUGUAGCUUUAGCAACAGGGGAGUCACAGUGACUGGCAAAAUUCUACCAUUGUUCCAAAACUGUAAUGCGUUUGAUGAAAGACUUGCACAGGGCUCAGACAGUGAAGACUGACUUGCUUUGCUUGCAACAUGGUGGCUACAGAUAAAAUUUAAAUGAAACCCACCCUGUUUUCAUGGUUUCCUGCUCAACUGAGUAGGUUUUACAGGAAACUACCUGCAUGUUACUAGCAGCAAGAUUUACAUUUGCAUAUAUAGUAUUUGGCAGAUGCCCUUAUAGAGAGCAACUGUCAUUCUCAUUUAAACAUUUGAGCAGUUGAGGGUGUCUCAUUGAGGGUGCCUUCAAUGAUACACCAGCGUAGCUGUUGACCUGUAUAGGGUAGAGCUUAAGCAGUUGAGAAAAGAGGUAAUCAUUUCUUAUAUAUAAAGUACAAUGAUGCUCAGAACACAAUAGGCAAAAACAUUUGUACACAAACACCUCCUCAGUAGGUGCACUUGCACUUUACUCUCAUUGUAAGUUUUAGAUUUGUCAUGUCAGCUAAUGAACUCCUGAUGUUUAUAAAAAGGACAGUUUUAGUCAAUUAUAUUUAAACCCUGUUGGAACUACCAUCACUCAUAGCAUCUCUCCUCAAAUCUAGCACUGCAAAACAGGUUUGCUUAGCAACAAGGUCUCACAAAGUUCCACAUAUAGUACUAAAAGACCAGCCAGCAUAUUCAUAACACUUGUAUGAAUUGUACUUCUGAUGCAUACUUAUUGUAUAAUCCCAUAGAGCAUGCAUAUGACAUUAAUCUGUUUUAAUCCAUUGUGCUUACAGAAAACCUGUACUUUAUCUCCAGCAUAAGUGAUUUGUUUAUAUUUUAGUGUUUAAUAUAUAUUGUGUAUAUUGUAGUUUAUGUAUGUUUAUGUUAUAUAAAGUGUUUUAUAUUCUAUUGUUCUAGUUUUGAUUUUGUUCACAUUCCAUUAUUUCAACCUUAGAUAGUCAGGCUACCAGAUGUGUACCAUGCUUUCGUGUUUACGGCCCUAUUGGGGCCAUGGUAAACUUCUGUAUUAAUAGCAAGUAUCAUAGAAAAAUGUUCACAUUGACCUUACCUGUAGCAUUUUCUAUAUAUGAUAGAUAGUGUCCUUUAAGCAUUUGUCAGCUGACAUACAUAGAAGAUAGUAAAAGUGUAGUACCCUAGUAACCAUCUGGAAUGCCACAUUAACCACCUAGCAACACCAUAGCAAGCAUCUGGAAUGUCACAGCAACAAGCUAUCAAUAUCCUAGCAACACAUUAUCAACAGCAGUGAUUGUUGAUAACUUUGGUGAUAUAAGCUGCACAAUCACUCUGCAUUUUCUUCAGGAAUAUGCACUCUUCUUG